CCUUGAGGAAAUUAAUACCAAUGAGCAAGGAAUGAGGCAGAAAAAAGCACAACUUUUGCUUAACAGAUAUACGAAGGCAAGUAAAAUUCUUUUUAUUGGAAAUGUAUGUGUAGUAAAUGGCGUGACGGGAACCUUCAUGCUUCCUUGUCAUUCAAGUCUUUAUGCCGAGCCAGAAAACCAGAAUUGGGGCACAGAUGACCUUUAUGUUUACCUGAUGUUCAAUCUUUAUGCCGACUCAGUGGGACGAAAAUUAGAUGGGAAAGUCAAGGAAUUUAAGAUAAUCACUGAUUCCACAAGUCUUGUUAGGAUGUCCGACCAGACUAUAAACAGGCAAGAAAAUGGGAGGAGAUGCAUAGAAACGAAAUUAGUGUACCCUCAGUCCACUUUCACCGUUCUACAUUCACUGGAAUUGGGACUAUUAAUGGCGGAACUGGAACCAUCAGUGGUGGAAUGUUUGGAAAAAGAAUACUCGAAAGAAUGGAAUUUUAGACCACGGAAGAAAGUAAAUUAUGUUGAUGUUUCAGAUUCUGAUACAAACCUGGAUAAUAGUGAAAAUGAGGUGAACGGAGGUGUAUCUGGAAAUGAUCAAACUCACUUUGAAAAUAACUCCGUUUCUCGUGAAUGCACUUCAAGUUCAGCAAGUGAUGAUGUGGAUGAGUCUAAUACAACACCAAUUCAGGAAGGGCCAUCAUUGGGAAUUGAUUAUUAUGAAUCGAUAAACAAGAUCGCUAUGCAAAAUGAUAACGGUGGAUUUCGAACUCCCCCUCAUCAAAUUGUCAGUAACACAUACAACCCAGAAAUAUCAAUUAAUGAAAAUAUACUAAGAAUGUCUGCUAUGAGUUUAGCCAAGCUGGACGAAUCCAGGAAUUCUCAGAAAAAUAAUCCAUAUUCGUCUACAAUUGAUGAUGUAAUGGAUAUUCGAGGAGAAAGCGGAUUUGCUAAAUUUUUGUCAGUUGAUGAUUAUAUAAAAUUACUAUCAAAAAAACCAAAGAGGAGAGUGGAAUUACCAGGAGGUUGGCGUAAUGUUGUUGAAGAAUAUUAUAAGGAAACAACCGAAAAUGGGUCGGUAAAAAGUAUAUCUGACUGGAUUCGUAUUACGGAAGAACUCGGAAUUGUAAAAGAGGAAGAUGACGGAGAACUAAUAAAACUAAAAAAAUAUUUGAAUCGAGUUAUGCUCCCAUUGAUCGAAUCAUUCUCAAAACAAGCUCCAGAUAUCAGCGCCCCGGACAGUAGUGAGCAUCAUUAUUGGUCAGAAUUUGGACACCGUUUUUUCUCAAGGGCAUUACAAGAAUUCGUAGAUCUUGAUUGGCGGGUCAUGGAAGUUCCUGUACAGUCCUCGAGGUAUAGAAAAAAUUAUGGAUAUAAUCAUAUCAUUGACACAGUGGUCGAUGGAAAAUAUGCGGACUUGUUGGCGCGAAUGCGGAAAACUGGUGAAGAAAUUUUUGUCGGGGAACAAGCCGGACCUCCCACUCGAUGUGAUCUAGCAAAAUUAGCAACCGACUCUUUUAAAUUAUAUAGAGAAAUGAGAGAUUGCUUAAAUGUUAGAAUUUUACGGGCCAUGGGAAAGGGUGAUGUAAAUUACAAUAAUCGGUCUGUUUUCGGAAUAUUGGGUUUUCUUUUCGAAAUCAAAAUGCUCAUAAUGUGGAAAGAUGGAGUAUACGUAUAUGAAGAAUAUGGAAGUUUAAACAUUGCUUCUAACCCAGGUCAGAUUUCAGAGAUGAAAUUAGGUAUAUUAAGGCUAUUGGAAUUUAUGCUUGAAGCUGAAAGGACUGAGUUUGAGGCAAAGAAUGCUAAACCGAUAAGGUUAUGGAAGAGAAUGCCAAGCGAGAAGCUGAAAAUGCUGAACUCAAAACAAAUAUGCCAAGUUGGAACAGAUCACAUAAGAAAUUUUGAUCUUAAAGAUAGAAUUACGAAAUUGAAACAGAAACAGACCCAGGCUAUUAUCAACGAACAGGAG